AUGCUUCUUGGUAUUUUGUUUACAUGCCAAGUAUGGAUCUUCACCUGCAUUUUUGAAGCUUCAGCUGACUGGGAAUUGUCAUGCUAUAACGAGUCUCUGCGCAUACAUUAUGGCUCUGAAAAAACAAUAAUUAUUCGUGAGUUUCGCUUUGGUUAUUUUCGUGAGAUUCUACAUAUGUCAAACUCAACCAAUCCGUGUCGUGCACACAAUUCUCGAGAUUGUUGGGUCGAUGUGACUGCCAAUAUAUCUAGAAGAUGUUCUGGUCAUUCUGUAUGUAAAAAUCUUGUUCGUUAUUCAUCUGACUUAUCUGCUGAUUUGUUGGCGAGAGAAUGUUCUUUCAUAAUCGACAAUGCAGUUGAGCUAACGUUGUUCGUAGAAUAUGACUGUAUUUCAACAUUUCUUGUAACACGAAUAUCUAAUGAAAAUCAUGUGGAUCCUGAACAGAUUGGCGGUCAUUUAUUCAGCUUUAAUUAUAAUGAAAUAGUAAAAAAAGGGUCAGAAUGA